UAAUGAUUAAAUAAGGUAAAUCUAAGGAUACUGCAGUUUUAAGGACGCUCAUCAACACUCAAGCAUAAAAUUUUGCUACUAAGAGAUUGUUGAAGGAUCUCAAUAUCAUUGAGAAGGAGUCCAUUCCCACAGUGGGAGUUACUGCUAGACCCCUUGAACAUGAUCUCUUUAUUUGGCAUGCAAAUAUAAGAGGACCUGUUGGAACUCCAUAUGAAGGUGGAAUCUUUCAUUUUGAGUUAUUAAUACCAGAGUCUUAUCCACACUAACCACCUAAAAUAAAUCUAUUCACAGAAUUACCUCAUCCAAAUGUUUUUGGUAAUUCCAUUUGUCUUGAUUUACUUUAACCAAGAAAGCCAGAAGAUAAGGAUAAGUAAUCAGGAUGGUCUAGUUCUUACACUAUUCAAUCCAUAUUAUUAUAGUUGUCAGCCUUUCUAUUUGAAGAAUAGAUUACUGAAAAGAAGGAGAAAUAAUUAGCCUAAAUUAAAAAGGCAGUUUAAGCUGCUAAUAAUUUUAAAUGUACAACCAAGAAUUGUAAACAUGGAGGCAAACUCUCUUUGUGGCCAUAAUUCAAUACUAAGGAAGUUGAUGAAGAAUAAUUUAUUAACAAAUUAACAGAAUAAGAAUUGUUAGAAUAAUAAUUCCUUUGUUUCCAUACUAAAUUAAGUUAUAGAAAACCAUAAGCCCCAUAAUUUGAAGAUGAAACUAAGAUCAAAUAAGAAAGUUGUCUAGGAAUCCUAUUGAAUGUCUCUAAGGUUCCAAGAACUGGUUCAAUCAAAUAAGCAGUACCAUCUUUGGAUUAUGUAUCAAUUAAAGCUUUUUUAAAUGAAGGAUUAAAAUGGGAUUCAUUAAAUUUAUAAUAUACUCAUUGGUUACCUCUUUAUUUUGGUAAGACUGAUAAUAAAGAGAGAGUAUUACAUCUCUUAUAAAGAUCAUUAUCUAUGAUAAUGACAAACAAUACUAAAAGAUUCAAGCCUGAAUUUGUUUUGGAAGUAUUUCCAAAGAUCACAUAAAGUAUUGUUCAUGGUAUGAUGGCUGAGAAAACUCAUGCAUCAAUUAGAUGUUUAAGAGUGUUGGCUUAAGUUCAUGCCUUAUGGUUAUUAUGUAUGGAAUAAUGGCCAUAACUUUAUUAGUAAGUAGAUGCAAUUAUUCAUAAAUUUAUAACUGAUGAAAAGAGUAGAACAAAAGAACAUACUCCUAAUCUUGGUAUAUUAUUUAAUUUACUAUAUGUAUCUAAAAAAUACACUUUUGGAGAUUUAGUUUAAUCUUAUACAGCAGAAUAAUUAGAUAGAUAAGUAUUUUGGUUAUUGAAAGAAAUCCCAGAAUUAGCUGAUGAAAAAUUGGAAGGUGCAAUUAGUGCAACAAAGAGAGUUGAAAUCACAUUUAAAUAAUAAUCAACAUCAUUUUAAAUGGGUUGUUUCUAAUAUAUUUAUUUAACUUAUGUUGUUCAACCAUUGAAGACAUAGAAGGAGAUUUUAGAAAGAUUUGAUAACAAUUAUUGUUUAUUAACAACUGGUAUUGAAAAUGGAAUUCAAGAAAAGAUAUUUGAAGCUUUUAAAAGAGUAGUCAAUUAUGAUGCUUUCUAUGAAUUCAUUGGAUAGGAGAAAAAAUCAGUUGAAGAAUUGAAUUAAUUAUUAAAAUAAGCUGUAAAGAAUUCUAAAGAAAAGAAAUAUCAUGGUACUGUUGAAGAAAUGAAUUAAUUACCACCAGCAAUUGAAUAAGUGAGGUAAUAUUAAAAAAAAUACUCUAAAGUUUAAGAUUUCUAUGUAAUUACUAAAUAGGAAUAAGAUAAAAAAUAAGUUAAAUAUAAUAUUGAAGCAAAAUAAAAUGUUGAUUGGAAAUAAGAAUUAUGUAAAAGAUGGGAUUGGAUCGAUGAAUAAUUGAAAUGGAAUUCUCAAUUAGAUGCUACUGAAUUGGCUUAAUAAUCAAAUUUCAGAGUAUUGAAUGGAUUUGGUCUUAAACCAGAAGAUAGACUCUAUAAUAAGAUAGAAACUCUUAGAAAUUAACAUCAUAGUAUUAAAUAUUAAAUUGAUUUUCCAAAGCAUACUUGGCAAUAAUUGUAUAUGAAAUUAGAUUUUGAAUAAUUCUUACUUCAAUUUGAUUCUUGUCCUGAUUUCCAAAGCUUUUAUGAAAAAGUCACAAUAGUGAAAGAUUAAUUAAUAGAUUUAGUUCUUGUUUUGAUUAACAUUAAGACUGUUUCAUCAGGAUAUUAUUAUAUUACUGCUGCUUUAGAAUAAUUUACUAAAUUAGUUAGAUUGACUUUGACUGGAUAAGAAUAAUUGGGUAGUAUUAUUUUCCCAAAGAAAGCUGCUAAAUCAAUUUAUAAAGGAUUAAAUAAUUUAAGUAAAUAAUAAAACAGUUUAUCAAUUAUUGAGAUAAAUAAAUUAGGCUUUUAAGGAAAUUAAUUAGAAAUUACAGAGUCAAUAUUUGGAGUAUUAUAUCAAUUUUAAAAUCAAAUAAAAUCUCUUACAAUUGAAAAUACAGAUUUAAUGACAUUAAGUAAUGCUGCAAAGACAGUAGGUGCUAUAAUUACUUCAUUUAGACAUCUUGAAUUUUUGAAUUUGAAAGGAUCAAUUCGUAAUGCAAAUAUAGCAAAAGAAAUAACUGAUGGUUUAAUGAGAGCAAAAUAAUUAGUAACAGUAGAUUUAUCUUUAAAUCAUUUAGCUACUGAAAAAGGAUUGGCAUCAAUUGUUUAUAAUUUGAGUUUCUCACCAAAAUUAACAUUUUUAGAUAUUUCUGGAUGUGGAUCAAUUACAUCAGUUGAAUUAGUAGAAAGUUUAUAUAAAUUAUUAAGAAUAACUGCAAGUUUAGAAAAUUUAAAUUUAGAAAGAUUAUCUUCUUUGAAUUUAACAAAAGAAUUCUUUGUUGCAUUAGGUGAAAGUAGAACUUUAAAAACAUUGAAUUUAAAUGCCAUAGGAGAAUUUAAUGAUUAAAAAUUAGAAUAAUUAGGUAAAGCAAUAGCAUUUAAUGCAUAAAAGGGAGGAUAAUUAAGUAUAAUUAAUUUAAAUUAUGAUGGAAUAAACUAUUAAAAAUUAAAGAAAUUAGUGGAAAGUAUGUCUAUAUCUAAUCAUGACCAUGAAGUUUGGUAUGGAGAUGCAAAUAAAGCUAGUAAAAUGACAGGAGAUGAUUACAAAAAAGUGUUUAAAUGUAAUUUAUAAACUCUUGAUGUUAAAAUAUCUCCAUUUAGUUCAAAUUUUGAUAUUAAUCAUUAUAAGAAUUAAUAUAAAGCUAAGAAUGAUUUCUAAAACAUUUUUGAAAAGAAUCCAAAUCUUAUAGAUCUCAACUUUGCUGAGAAAUAAUUUAAUAAGAAAGAUAUGGACUUAUUAGUUGAAAUGGUACAUCAUAAAGUCAAUAAAUUAAGAGUUUUAAAUCUUAGUAGAAAUAAUUUAAAUAAAGAAGGGGCUAAAGUAUUAAGUAACUUUUUAGAAUCAAAUACAACUUUAGAAUUUUUAGAUUUAUCAGGUAAUAAAGUUGGUGUUUCAGGUGGAAAGAGUAUUGCAUUAGCAUUAAGAAAGAACUAAACACUUAAACAAUUAAAUCUCUUCUUCAAUUUAAUUGGAUUUGAUGGUGCUAAAGAAUUUGGAACAACAUUUAAGAUUAAUAAAACUCUAGAAUUUAUUGAUCUAGGUAAUAAUAGAAUUAGAAAUAAGGGAUUAUUGGCAAUUACAGAAGGUUUAAGUGAGAAUAAAUAAUCAAAAGUAUCUACUCUUGGAUUAAGAUUUAAUUUCUUAUCAGAAGAUGGCAUUUUAAAUUUGAUUAAGAAAACUAAUUUACAAGAAAUCUUCAUUAAGAAUAAUUCAAUUACUGAUUAUGGUUUAUAUUGUUUAAAAAAAGGAUAUGAUGAAUUAAAAUCAAAUAUUAGAAUAGAUCUCUUCUCUAAAUUGAAUUAAAUUGAAGAGAGUAGACUAGAAAGAACUGCUUGGAUUCAACCAAUCUUUAAUAUCCCAGAUAUUAUUGCAUUCUUCAAUAAAUUUGAAGUAGGUGUUAUUUUAGAUGCAAGAUUUAGAAAGGGAUAAAAGUAUGAGAAUCGUAAAGUGCAACCAAAUCAUUUUAAUUUUGUUGAAUUUGCUGAUCCAAACAGUUUGAAUAGAUCCUUAGCAUUAGCUUCAACAAGUUAAGCAGUCAUUAAUGGCAAAGCAUUUAGAAUUUAUAAGGCUGGAACAGGCACUUUCAUAUGUAUUUAUAUAAAUUUAUAUUUUUAGAUUUGAAAAAGAGUGCAAAGUAAAAGAAAGCUGAAAGUUCUAAAACUAAUACCUUAUAAUCAAAAUUACCUGCUAGCUCAGCAGCAAGAGGAAGAGGUAGAGGCAGAGGAAGAGGAAGAGGUAGAGGAAGAGCUUGAA